AUGGAGAGGGAGCCGGCAGCGGCGGAGGAUCCCGCGCGCGCGGGGCGGCGGCGGCGGCGGCGGCGGCGCUGGGAGAGCGGGAUGCGCACGGUGCGCUCCAACCUGCUGCCCUCCCCGGGCGCUGAGGACCCCGCGGCGGGCGCGGCCAAGGGCCGGCUGUGGCGCCAGCGCUGGUGUGCCCAGCACCUGGCCGACAACCGGCUCAAGACCACCAAGUACACAGUGCUGUCCUUUCUGCCCAAGAACCUGUUCGAGCAGUUCCACCGCCUGGCCAACGUGUACUUCGUCUUCAUCGCGCUGCUCAACUUCGUGCCGGCGGUGAACGCCUUCCAGCCCGGCCUGGCGCUGGCGCCCGUGCUCUUCAUCCUGGCCGUCACGGCCUUCAAGGACCUGUGGGAGGACUACAGCCGCCACCGCUCCGACCACGAGAUCAACCACCUGGGCUGCCUGGUCUUCAGCGGGGAAGAAAAGGAUUAUGUGAACCGAUUCUGGAAAGAAAUCCAUGUGGGAGACUUUGUGCAUCUUCACUGCAAUGAGAUCAUCCCUGCGGACAUUCUGCUGCUCUCCUCCAGUGACCCCGAUGGGCUGUGCCACAUCGAGACUGCCAACCUGGACGGAGAGACCAACCUGAAGCGGCGGCAGGUGGUCCGCGGCUUCUCAGAGCUCGUCUCCGAAUUCAAUCCUUUGACGUUCACCAGCAUUAUCGAGUGUGAGAAGCCAAACAACAACCUGACUAGGUUCCAUGGUUGCAUCAUACACGACGAUGGGAGAAAGGCUGGACUGUAUAAGGAAAACCUGUUGCUGCGAGGGUGCACCAUCAGGAACACGGAAGCAGUCGUUGGCAUCGUCAUCUACGCAGGACACGAGACCAAGGCUCUGCUGAACAAUAGUGGGCCCCGCUACAAGCGCAGCCGGCUCGAGAGGCAGAUGAACUGCGACGUGCUCUGGUGUGUCCUUCUCCUCGUUUGUAUGUCUCUGUUUUCAGCAGUCGGACACGGAUUGUGGAUAUGGCGAUAUCAAGAAAAGAAACCAUUAUUUGAUGUCCUUGAGUCUGACGGCAGCUCUUUAUCCCCAGUCACAGCUGCAAUUUACUCAUUUUUGACAAUGAUAAUAGUUCUGCAGGUUUUGAUCCCAAUAUCCUUAUACGUUUCCAUUGAAAUUGUUAAAGUGUGCCAAGUGUACUUCAUUAACCAGGACGUAGAGCUGUACGAUGAAGAAACAGAUUCACAGCUGCAGUGCCGUGCUCUGAACAUCACAGAGGACUUGGGGCAGAUACAAUACAUUUUCUCAGAUAAAACCGGCACUCUCACUGAGAAUAAGAUGGUUUUCCGAAGAUGCACUGUGUCUGGCAUAGAAUACUCUCAUGAUGCAAAUGCCCAGCGUCUGGCCAAGUACCAGGAGGCAGAUUCCGAGGAGGAGGAGGUAGUGCCCAAAGGGGGCUCGAUGACCCAGCGUGGCAGCAUCGGGAGCCACCAGAGCGUCCGGGUCCCGCACAGAACCCAGAGCAUCAAGUCUUUCCGACGCAAGAGCAGCUGGGCAGAGGCCAAGAGGGCCAGCAUGCAGUCCAAGCACAUGGCCUUCAGCAGCCCCAUGGAGAAAGACAUUACGCCCGACCCAAAGCUGUUUGAGAAGAUGAGCGAGUGUGACAGGUGCCUGGCCACAGCGAGGCACCAGCAGUACCCGCUGGCCCACCUCUCGCCAGAGCUGGCUGACAUCUUUGAUUUCUUCAUUGCACUCACCAUCUGCAACACAGUAGUGGUCACGUCCCCAGAUCAGCCACGGCAAAAGGUGAGGGUGAGGUCUGAGCCGAAGUCCCCCGUGAAGACGAUAGAGGACUUCCUCCGGAGGUUCACGCCCAGCCGCCUGACCUCAGGCUGCAGCAGCAUCGGGAGCCUGGCCACCAGCAAGUCCAACCACAAAUCAGGGCCCAGCCUCCUGUCCAGCUUGUCCAGCGACAGCAUGAUUCUCAGGCCAGAGGAGAGGCUCAGCCAGCCAUCCCCUGCCAUCACCAGCAAUGGCCACAGCAGCCAGGCGGAUGGCUGGGCCCCGGAACGUGCCCAUGAGCAGGAGCCAGAGCGGGUGCUGUGGUACGAGGCUGAGAGCCCCGACGAGGCGGCGCUGGUGUACGCAGCCAGGGCAUAUAACUGCACGCUCGUGGACAGGCAGCAUGACCAGGUGUCAGUGGAGCUGCCCCACCUAGGCAGACUCACCUUCGAGCUCCUGCACACACUGGGCUUUGACUCCAUCCGCAAGAGGAUGUCAGUGGUGAUCCGGCACCCGCUCACUGACGAGAUCAACGUCUACACCAAGGGCGCCGACUCGGUGGUCAUGGACCUCCUGCUGCCCUGCUCCUCAGAUGACACCAGAGGAAGGCACCAAGAAAAGAUCCGAAGCAGAACUCAGCAUUAUCUCCAUCUGUACGCAGUGGAAGGGCUCCGCACCUUGUGCAUCGCCAAGAGGGUUCUGAGCAAGGAGGAGUAUGCCCACUGGUUGCAAAACCACUUAGAAGCAGAGUCAUCCCUGGACAACCGCGAGGAGCUCCUCUUCCAGUCUGCUGUUCGCCUGGAGACGAAUCUGCAUCUUUUGGGUGCCACUGGGAUUGAAGACCGCCUGCAGGACGGAGUCCCCGAAACCAUUUCUAAAUUGCGUCAGGCAGGCCUGCAGAUUUGGGUUCUCACUGGUGACAAACAAGAAACAGCCAUUAACAUUGCGUAUGCCUGCAAACUGCUGGACCACAACGAGGAAGUCAUCACGCUGAAUGCCGAGUCCCAGGAAGCGUGUGCAGCCCUGCUGGACCAGUGCUUACACUACGUGCAGUCCAGGGGCUCCCCCGGCACCCCUGCAAAUACUGAAGACAAUGUGAACAUGGGGUCCUCCCCUUUCUGUCCAACCCCCAUGUCCACUGCCUCCGGCCCCAGCCUGAGCCUUGUGAUUGAUGGAAGAAGUCUGGCCCACGCCCUCGAGAAAAGCCUGGAGGACAAAUUUCUCUUCCUUGCCAAGCAGUGCCGCUCGGUCCUCUGCUGCCGGUCAACCCCUCUGCAGAAGAGCAUGGUGGUGAAGCUCGUCAGAAGCAAGCUUAGGGCCAUGACCCUGGCCAUAGGUGAUGGAGCCAAUGACGUCAGCAUGAUCCAAGUGGCAGACGUGGGUGUGGGAAUCUCGGGCCAGGAGGGCAUGCAGGCAGUGAUGGCCAGUGACUUUGCCGUGCCAAGGUUCCGAUACCUGGAGCGACUCCUGCUUGUCCAGGGACAUUGGUGCUAUUCCCGACUGGCCAACAUGGUGCUGUACUUCUUCUACAAGAACACGAUGUUCGUGGGCCUCCUGUUCUGGUUCCAGUUUUACUGUGGCUUCUCCGCAUCAGCCAUGAUUGACCAGUGGUAUCUGAUCUUCUUCAAUCUCCUCUUCUCGUCACUUCCCCAGCUCGUGACUGGGGUGCUGGACAAGGAUGUGCCGGCCAACGUGCUGCUGAGCGAGCCACAUCUCUACAAGAGUGGCCAGAACAUGCAGGAAUACCGGCCACGUGCGUUCUGGUUAAACAUGGCUGAUGCCACCCUCCAGAGUCUGGUUUGCUUUUUCAUUCCUUACCUGGCCUACUAUGACUCAGACGUGGACUUGUUUACCUGGGGGACCCCCAUCACAGCCAUCGCACUGUUCACCUUGCUGCUGCACCUGGGUAUUGAAACCAAAACCUGGACCUGGCUCAACUGGAUAGCCUGUGGGUUCAGUGUCCUGCUGUUUUUCACUGUGGCUUUGACUUACAAUGCUUCCUGUGCCACGUGCUAUCCCUACUGGACGAUGCAGAUGUUGCUGGGUGACCCCGUGUUUUACCUGACCUGCCUCAUAGCGCCUAUCACUGCACUGCUGCCCAGGUUGUUUAUCAAAGCCCUCCACGGGAGCCUUUUCCCCACCCAACUGCAGCUAGGACGCCAGUCUGCCAAGAUGUGUCCCAAGACUCUCAGCACUCCCAAAGAGACCGUAGCUCAGGGAUGCCUCCCAGGAGACCCAAAAACCAAGCACUCAGAUGGGAGGACCAUCAGCACCUCUGUGUCCCUGUCCCGGGACUGUGCCUCGCAGGCUUCCUGGUACACACACACCCCCGAGGCCAGCAGGGAGCCCAGCGCAGUGGACACGAGUGUGCCACUGAGGGAGGACAUCCUGCUGGAGGGGCUGAGUGCACAGGCCCCAGGGUCCUCCAUGCUGGGGGAGGCUGUUCUGGAAGGGUGUCUGGGGGACUCCAAGAUGAAGACCACCAGUGCGAGCAGGAUGGCCCCCCUGCCAUCUAAACUAUUCAUCCUGCCCACCCUCAGCUCCCUCAACUGGAGUUCCCCCCUGUCGCUGGUCAGUGGGCUGGGAAAUGUCUUACAGUUGCCACCAAGGAGUUUGCAGAGGUACAGGUGGGACGGCGAGUUCCUGCCCAGCCCCCCUCCGCCAGACCAGGACUUGAGGAGACAGACCACGCACUACUCCCAGGGGCCUCUUUAA